AUGCUGAGGCUGUGUGUUGUCUUCAUCUGCCUUUUGUAUGGGGUGAAAACAGACCCUGAGGAGACAUGUCCUGCAUUCACAGCCCUUGGCUUCGGCAAUGCCUUGAUAGGGACAGACCUGAAAGUGAAGCUGCUGCUGCACACCCGGCAGAACCCAAGCUGUGCUGAGGAGAUCCACUCCACAGCCUCCAAGUACCUGGACGUGACCAAGAAAAUGACCUUCAUCAUCCACGGGUACAGACUCACAGGCUCUGCCCCAGUCUGGAUCCAUGACCUGGUCCAUCUCCUCCUUUCUGUGGAGGACAUGAACGUCAUCAUCGUGGACUGGAACCAGGGGGCAACAACUCUCAUCUACAGCUAUGCCUCCAGCAAGUGCAAGAGAGUUGCUGAGAUUCUGAAGAAACUUAUAGACGAAAUGUUGAUUGCUGGAGCAUCCCUGGACUCCAUGCACAUGAUAGGGGUGAGCCUGGGAGCACACAUCUCCGGCUUUGUGGGGCAGAUGUUCGGUGGUGCGCUGGGAAGAAUCACAGGCCUUGACCCAGCAGGGCCUCUGUACCGGGGAACCCCUCCCAGCGAGCGGCUGGACCCCUCGGACGCGCAGUUCGUUGAUGUCAUUCACUCCGACACCGAUGGACUAGGUUACGGGGAAGCUCUGGGCCACAUCGACUUCUACCCCAACGGAGGGACUCACCAGCCAGGCUGCCCACUGACCAUAUUUUCAGGACUGCAGUAUUUCAAGUGUGACCACCAGAGGUCUGUGUUCCUGUUCCUGUCCUCCCUGACACAGAGCUGCAACAUCACUGCCUACCCCUGCGACUCGUACAGGAGCUACAGGCACGGCAAAUGCACCAGUUGUGAAACCUUCUGGCCUAUGCCAUGCCCCAUCCUAGGUUAUCAUGCCCAGGAGUGGAAGAGCUAUUUAAUACAGCAGAGCCAUCCAGUGACAAGUGUGUUCUUCGACACAGCAGACAAAGAGCCAUUUUGCAUUUAUCACUACUUUGUGGACAUAAUCACAUGGAACAAAGCCACCAGGAGAGGCACCUUCAGCAUCGUUCUAGCUGAUGAGACUGGGAGGAAGGCAGAAUCUAGAGCCAAUCCAGAAGCUGCUGCCUUCCAGCAGUACAACCAAACCACUUUGCUCCUUGGAUUCGACCAGGAUUUUGAAAACGUGGAAAGAAUUUCCCUGACGUUUUCCACAGGAUCUGUCAUCGGCCCAAAGUUCAAACUGAGGAUUCUCCAGAUGAGGUUCAGGUCGCUCACAGACCCGGAGAGACCUCACCUGUGCCGAUACGACCUCAUCCUGACAGAGAACAUGCAGCAAACCUUCACGCCCAUCCCGUGCUGA